AUGACGGUUUCUACCUCGGCCAAGAAGACUGUUGCCAUCAUUGGAGCGGGGCUGACGGGUCUGCUCGCCGCACAAGGGCUGCAGCAGAAUGGCUUCCGUGCCGUCGUCUUCGAGCAAGAGGUCAGCAUCGAUGCAAGGCACCGGGACUGGACCAUGUUGGUCCACUGGGCCAUGCCCAUCUUCGAGAAGUUGGUGCCAAAGGACAUUCUUGCCGAUUUGAAAAGCGCCGUUUGCAACCCGUAUCUGGACUUCAACAGUGAAGUAGAGAGCAUCCCGUGUUACAACGGAGUCACCGGCGAUUUGCUCUUUCGCAGCCCUCUGCCUAAUGCCAGGCGAGUCAGCCGGCAGGCCUUGCGCCGGUUGCUUGCACGGAGAGUCGACAUUAGAUGGGAUGCCCCCUUGAUAGACCUUUCUCUGUCAGACACCGGGGUGCACAUCAAAUUGGGAGAUGGCAGUGUCUUUGAUGCUGACUAUGUGCUGGGAACCGAUGGCUCUUCUUCCAAAGUACGCGAGUUUUUGUUGGGCCCCGACGCCUCCCGGCCUCACGGUUCCGGGUUCCAAUUUGCCACUGGCAUUACAAAGUUUGGAGACGCCGAGAAGACUGAUGCCAUUGUGCGCGCUCAUCCCGUAGCCGCAUUGAUGAUGGGAACAACCUCAGUCGGGGCUGUUGGCGUCAUGUCAGUCGAAAAUCCAGUAGAUGAGUCCAGUUGGACGACGUUCUGGACCAAGAUAUGGAACGGCGAGGCAGUGCAUCUCAGGGGCAGCGAUGCCCUCACCUACAUCAGAGAGAACACGACACCGCUGCGUGACGUGUUCCAGUCCGCCAUUGACUGGACGCCGGAAAACAGCAAUGUGUUCAUCGAUGAGAUGAAAUACUGGAGCCCCGUGCCCUGGGACAAUCAUGGAGGCCGGGUGACGCUUGCCGGCGACGCAGCCCAUCCAAUGCUAAUCUAUCGCGGCCAAGGGUUUCAGCACUCCAUCACAGAUGUCGACAACUAUGUCAAGGCCCUGACUGGGCUGAACACGUUGGGCAGCAGCAGUGUGCACAGAGAAGAGGUACUGACCAACUACGACAAUGAGAUGAUUCGGAGAGGUGCACGAGCGGUUCAGGAAUCCUUGGCAGAGGCCAGGAAAUCCUUCGACCUAGAUACGGUCAAGAAGAUGCUCAUGGCAACGCGGGGACAUGCCAAGAGCGAGUCAUGA